AUGAUGGAGAAUCACUCUGAAGUGGACAAUCGUUCGACUGGAUCGUUGCUUAGCCUUAGCAAUACGACCAACAGCGAUAAUGUGAUGAGAGAAUUACCUCAAAUUAUCUACUAUGAAAUAAUUGGUUUUACAGCCCUAUUAACUAAUGGUUUCCUAGUUUAUCUAAUAUUAACACGGAAAAGGUUAUGGAAAAUUCAAAACGUUAAAUUAUGCAGUAUGUCAAUGAGUGGCAUUUUAUUUGCAAUACUCUUUUGCCUUCCUUAUCCGCUUGUCGUAAUGGAUCCAACAAAUAUUUUAUGCUAUCUCAAGACUUCUUUACGUAAUUUUCUAAUGUCGUGUAUGUGCUUGCAUUUAGCUUUAAUCGCGAUCGAUAGGGCAAUCACAGUAGGCAUGCCCUUUCAUUUUAGUAACUUCGUUAAUCGUCGGACUACUUGGAUUUAUCUAACGCUAGUGUGGGUGAUGGCCCUAAUUGGAUCAUUUUAUCCUGUUUUAACAUUUCGCACUGUUAAAAGAGAUGAUAAAAAUCCUUGCACUACCAGUGGCGACGCUGGCGACGAAUUAAUUUACAACAUUUUCUUUUAUUCGUUUUGCUAUUUAUGUCCGUUGAAGAUCAUGCUCAUUUGUCAUGGUUAUAUCUUUAUUAUUGCUCUACGCCAUUUAAAACAGAUGAAUAACGAACAGUAUCCUUCAUUUGAUCCUGUUCAACGAAGAAAAAGUCAACUUAUAACCAAGCAAUUUAAAGCCGCUGUACCAUUAAUUAUUAUCACCGGUACUUUUAUAUUAUUGACUUUGCCGUACAUCAUUUGUUCCAUGAUAGCCCUCAUUUUGGGAUCAUCACCACUAAAGCUAAGACUACGGUUCAUCAGAUUAAUUGUAAAUUGUUUAAGAGCAUCCGAGUAUGGCCUACGAGAAUUAGCUUUUGCGUAUCCUGCUUUAAAUCCUCUAUUAUAUAUCUGGCUUAGCCGUGAUAUCCGUAGUGAAAUUAUUGAAAUGUGCAAACGCCCAUUAGUGCGAAUACCUAUUUCAGGAACGAAAACAUCGGCCUUACGACUAGCUAUCUGUUAA